AUGUCUAGCUCAUUUAGUUUUGCAAGUUUUGCUAUUUCCCUAAUAGGGUUGAUGGCAAUGGUGGUGCCACCAGUCGAGGGUGCACGUGCUUUCUUUGUUUUUGGAGACUCACUGGUGGAUAAUGGCAAUAACAACUACUUGGCAACCACUGCACGGGCAGAUUCUCCUCCUUAUGGCAUUGAUUAUCCGACUCACCGUCCCACCGGCCGGUUUUCAAAUGGUUACAACAUUCCUGAUCUCAUCAGUCAAAAGCUUGGUGCUGAAUCUACAUUGCCAUACUUGAGCCCAGAGUUAACUGGGGAAAAACUACUGGUUGGAGCAAACUUUGCCUCGGCUGGAAUUGGCAUUCUCAAUGACACUGGAAUUCAGUUCGCAAACAUAAUAAGAAUAUCUCAGCAACUGGAAUUCUUCGGAGAGUACCAGCAACGAGUGAGCGCGCUCAUUGGAGAAGAACAGGCACAGAAACUUGUAAACAAGGCACUUGUUCUAAUAACACUUGGUGGGAAUGAUUUCGUGAACAAUUAUUUCUUAUUGCCUAUUACUGCUAGAAGACUUCAGUAUAAUCUCGAAGAUUUCUCCCGUUAUCUAAUUGUCGAAUACAGGAAAAUUUUGAUGAGGCUAUAUGAAUUGGGAGCCAGAAGGGUUCUUGUAACCGGCAGUGGACCAUUAGGUUGCGUGCCUUCUCAGUUGGCGACGAGGAGCACAAAUGGCCAAUGCGCAGAGGAGCCUCAACGCGCAUCAGCAAUAUUCAACCCCCUUCUUGUCGAAAUGAUUAAAGGACUAGAUCAAGAGCUUGGAUCAGACAUAUUUGUUGCUGCCAACGCGGUACAGAUGCAGAAUAACUUCAUCAGCAAUCCCCAAGGCUUCGGUUUUGUCACAGCAAAGAUGGCAUGUUGUGGACAAGGACCGAAUAAUGGGGUAGGAGUUUGCACCCCUGAAUCAAAUUUAUGCCCGAAUAGAGAAGUAUACGCGUUUUGGGAUCCAUUCCAUCCAACAGAAAGGGCAAACAAGAUUAUUGUUUCAACGCUCUUCACUGGUUCAGAAGAGUACAUGACCCCAAUGAACUUGAGCACCAUCAUGGCACUGGAUUCCAUGACAUAA